AAUAGCGGGAUAGGUGGGACCAUCAAACAUAGUGGGGCAGGCUCCAUAGACCACCGUCCAACUGCGCGUUUCCAGUUCCUCUCCGGGCCCAAAUCCCAACAGAAAACUCUUCGAUAUUUUAGUGAUGUGCUGUAUGCUACACCAGAACCCGACUGAUGAACGUGUUAACGAGAAAAGAAAGGACAUACACGUUCUUGAUAAAUUACCUCGGAGGUGUAUUGACUUUGGAACAAAGCAUAAAGGUAACUGGUAAAGAACUUUUUACAUUCGUGUGCACUUGUUUGGGGGUAGUCGAGUAUUGGUACUUCGGACUACAGUAUGAAACGUCAAAGAAACGUUCCAUGUGGGUACGCCCUAAUACAAAAAUAUACUCACUGGUGCGGAAAUCCGGCACACCGUUGUUCUUCCUCGUCAAAUAUUUCCCGGAGGAGAUCGGGAGAGUGAACGAAGAGAUUACGCUCUCUCUCAUAUAUAAACAGAGCAAGGGCAGCAUCGUCUCCGGAGCGAUCUUUUGCACACCGGAGACCAGCAUACUCCUAGGAUCGUACACGCUCCAAGCCGAAUAUGGCGAUUGGCCAUGCGUCGACUACAAAAAUUUGAAUUUGAGCUCGAUAUUGCCAGCCGCUGUGUUAGAGCAGUACACCAUGACCCAUAAAAACUGGUCGGAAAGUCUUCGAGCAUGGCACAAGGACCAUCAAGGGCUGACGAAAAAAGAAGCCCAGUUAGAAUACAUGAGAGUUGCCCAAUACCUCGGGAUGUACGGAGUCAAUUAUUUCCCGACGAAAUGGCAGGGGAACUCUGCAUGGCUCGGCAUCCACCCAAAAGGAAUCAACAUUUAUAUGGACAACAUGUUAGUACCGAAAACAUGUCUCAAAUGGAUUUUCAUCCGUAUGGUUCACUACUCUUGUCACAAAUUUAUAAUAAAAACGGUCCUGACGCACACGCCGGAAUUCGUGUUUUCAAUGAAGACAUUACGUAUGACGAGGCAGGUUUUCGAAUUUUCCGUCGGCUACCAUCACCUUUACCUGCGAACCAGGUCUCUGACGUCUAUCGAAGUUCACAAGGUGCCGGAAGACGACGUUCUGGAUACGGAAAAGUUCAAGGAAGUGAGUGAAGAAAUUUGCCAGAACGAAACGGCCUCAGCGCCAAAUUCAAUGUUCAGAAGAUUUUCACAAAGAUUUCAAAAGAAAACUGAAUUGCCUGUAUUGAACGAAGAGGAGGAACAUUUAAUAUGAAUUCUCGCAAUAUGCUUCAACAAUAUCAAUCGAUAUGACAAUUCAAUCAAAACAAUUUGCCAAGAAUUAACUUUAUUGUUAAAAAUUUUCCUUUCAUAAAUAAAUUUUUAAAAUGAUGAAUAAUUUAUCUGUAAAGGUACCGGGUCCGAAUCCAGGGCCCUGCAUUUGAACCUGGCAUACUUACAGAUGGGCUUUUUUUUUUUUUUUUCAAAAAUAC